AUGUCGUCUGUAUUGAGUUAUAUUGGAGUUGGGCUUCGUCAUACAAUUUCACCAUAUGACUUAUCUUCUGGUGAUAAUCCUGGAACUUUGAUCUCCAAGCCACUAUUGUGUGGUCCUAACUACGAUGAGUGGGAUGCCAACCUUUGCUUGGCAUUAAAGGCAAGGAAAAAGUUUGGUUUUGCUGAUGGUACUAUACCUCAGCCAACCGAAACAUCACCAGACUUUGAAGAUUGGGUCGCAAACAACGCACUAGUUGUUUCCUGGAUCAAGCUUACUAUUGAUGAAAAUUUAUCUUCAUCUCUUUCUCACACCGAUGACUCUCAUGAGCUUUGGGAACAUAUCCAAAAGCGAUUUGGUGUGAAGAAUGGACAGCGUGUUCAACGUCUUAAGAUGGACUUAGCAAACUGUCGUCAAAAAGGACUUGCCAUAGAAGCUCACUACGGCAAGCUUACUCAACUGUGGCGCAACUUGGCUGACUACCAAAGAGCCAAGACAAUGGAGGAAGUUCGUAGAGAGCGAGAAGAGGACAAGCUUCACCAAUUCUUGAUGGGCUUGGAUGAAACGGUGUACGGUUCCGUCAAGUCUUCUUUACUCUCACGGGUUCCUCUGCCCAGUCUUGAGGAACCUUACAACACAGUGUCUCAAGAUGAGGAAUCAAAACUACUGAGUCGUUUACAUGAUGAGAGGACAGAUGGUGUGAGUUUUUCUGUUCAGAUAGCCUCUCGGCCUCCUCGUAGUUUUCUCGAAAACAGAGGUUCUUCUGUCACAUGUUUAGACUGUGGUCGAGUUGGGCAUCUCGCUGAAAACUGUUUUCAGCUUAUUGGCUAUCCACAUUGGUGGCCGGAUAAGACUAAGCUUAAAAGUGGGAAUAAUUUCUCCAAAGGAAAUUCAUCGGGUAAUGUCACAGGUCGUGGUCCUCAUACUACUGCUAUCGGAUCAAUGCGAAGCAAACGCUCGGAUGCUGCUCAUGUUAAUCAUGUCGCUGCAUCAACCAGUGGUUUCACUUCUGGUUUUGGUAUUACCGCUUCUUCUUUGCCUGUGCAACAAGCACCUCUAACUGUUUCAGAUCGUGUUGGUAUAAGUGGUCUUACUAACGAUCAAUGGAAGCUUUUAGUUCAUAUGCUUGAAGAACGAAAAGCUCCCCCUACUGAGCGGCUAUCUGGUAAGGUUUUCAUUGAAUCUUGGAUAAUUGAUACUGGUGCAUCUAAUCAUAUGACAGGAACACUUGAGUUUUUGUUUGAUAUAUGUGAUAUGGCACCAGUCUUAAUUAAACUACCGGACGGUCGUUUCACUACCGCUACUAAACAUGGUCGUGUUUCAUUUGGCACCGAACUUAAUCUUCAAUACGUCUAUUUUGUUGAUGGACUUCAAUGUCAUCUUAUUUCAGUCUCGCAGCUCACUCGUGAUCGGCUUUGUGUUGUUCAGGACCGCAUUACCAAGAUGCUGAUUGGAGUCGGUAAACAACAAAAUGGGCUGUAUUUCUUUAGAGGCUUGGACGUUGCAGCAGCUUACAAGGUCGACUCGGUGUCUGUUGAUGUCAUGCAUUGUCGGUUGGGUCAUCCAUCUUCUACAUCCAUGGAAAUGUUGCAGUUUUCUGAUUUAAGUAGUUCUAGUGGUUUUGAUUCUCAAAGUUGUGACGUUUGUAUUCGUGCAAGACAAACACAUGAUUCUUUUCCUUUGAGUAAUAAUAAGACGAGUUUCCCAUUUGAACUCAUACAUUGUGAUCUUUGGGGUCCUUACCGGACGACUGCUCUUUGUGGGUCUCGAUAUUUUCUUACUAUUCUCGAUGACUACUCUCGUGUUGUAUGGAUUUACCUUCUCCCUUCUAAGAGUGAUGCCCCCCACCAUUUUAAGAAUUUUCUUAAAUUAGUUGAGACACAAUUUUCAGCUCAUGUGAAAACAGUUCAUAGUGACAAUGGUUCUGAAUUUGUAUGUCUUUCCAAUUUCUUUACGGAAAAAGGGAUCAUUCAUGAGACAUCAUGUGUUGGGACUCCUCAGCAAAACCGUCAUGUUAAACGCAAGAGUCGCCAUAUUUUGAAUGUCGCUAGAGCUCUAAUGUUUCAUGCACAUCUUCCACUCAAAUUUUGGGGCUAUUGUGCUCUCACAGCUGGUUAUCUCAUAAAUCGUACUCCAACACAUUGCUUAACGGGCUGGCGAGUUUACAAUAUCGAGACAGGGGUUGUCUCUGUAUCACGCAACGUGAUCUUCAAUGAACUGGAGUUUCCUUUUGCUGUGUCUCCUUCCUUCCCCGACUUGGCAUCUGCAGACACACCUCCUCAUCUUGUUCUUGAUGAUGAAUUUUUACCAGUACCGCCGUCUUUGUCUAGAGAUGGUUUGCCAUUUCCCAUUUUGAGACCGAACGAUCCGGUUUCUGAGACUCACGAUUUGUCUGCUCCGUAUACUCCCUCGCUUACUCCGUCGUCACUAAAUACCUCUGAUCCUACAUCUCUUGACUCAGUCGAUUCACAACUCGACAGUGUGUCUUCUUCGUCUCUAGGGCUACCCGAGCUUUUAGGCAGAGGUCAUCGAAAUAAAUUGCCCUCUGUGCUUCUUAAAGACUAUGUUGUUCCUCCUCUUCAUAGUUAUUCUCUUGUUUUGUCCUCUGCUGUUUUACCAGCCCCAGUCAUCUCAGCUCCUUUGGAACUUUUGGUUGUUGCACCUGGCUCUUUUGAGUCGCUUCCCGGUGGUAAGCGUAAAAAGAAAUCUCCAACUACGCUGGCUGAUUAUGCUUUAACCGUUCUCGCCAACCCUUAUCCAUCGACUACUCCUUAUCCCAUGGAUAAUUACUUAGGCGAUUUUGACGAAAAUUGGCGGUUUGCUAUACAAGAUGAGAUCACUACUUGUGAGGAUACAGGAACAAGGACUCCUGACGAUCUUCCCCCAGGGAAGAAAGCUCUUGGUUGUAUGUGGGUUUUUCGUCUCAAGUUUAAUGCAGAUGGUACUCUUCAAAGGUACAAGGCACGACUUGUAGUUCUUGGCAAUCAUCAAAGUGAGGGUCUUGACUAUAACGAAACUUUUACUCCCGUUGCUAAAAUGGUCACAGUUCGUAUUUUCCUUCAACAAGUGGCAUCUUUCAAUUGGGAGGUUCAUCAAAUGGAUGUUCAUAAUGCUUUUCUUCAUGGUGAUCUUGAUGAAGAGGUUUAUAUGAAAUUUCCACCAGGCUUUCAGUCCAGUAAUCCCAAUAAGGUACUUCGUCUGCGUAAAUCUCUUUAUGGUCUUAAACAAGCUCUCUGA